AUGACUCAACAAUCCAAAGAGAGGAAGAUCAAGGCCGAACCCAUCGUCGAAUGGCGGACACUCUUUCCGCUGGCAGCGAAAGCGCUCGGGGCGGCUACUGUCGCAGCUGGGUUGAUAGCGGCGAGCGUAUCGGGUUUCAACGUCGGCAUGUCCAUCUGUGCCGAAAUCUGCAAGGCCUUCAUAGAGUGGACGUCGACGAGUUCGGAGUUUAAGGCUUCGGGUGAGGUCGCCGACAAGAUGAAUGAGGCGCUCCAAGACACCCUUGCCCUCGAGGAUGAACGAAUCGCGAGAAUGCGGAAGGAACUGGUGAAGAGAAGCACCACGCAGAAGCACAAGGACACGAUGAUGGAAGACAUGCUGGGGGAGGUGCUGGACAGGCAGGCCAAGGUGAUGGAGGCGUACACGCACGAGAAGAUUUUGUACCAGUUACAAUCCUUGUCUUCACGACUCACGUCAAUCGCGGUGGGCGCAAAUGGCGCCCCUACUCCAUCGACUGCCGCUGGUUCUAUGGGAGACGAGGAUGCGAAGGACGAAGAAUCAGACGAAAAAGAGGAGGAUGAAUCACAGUACGAGGACGGAGACGAAGAGAACAGUGCCUAUUCCUUGGAGUGCUCUGGUGGCUAA